GGACUCGCGAUCAUGGUAGUCUGGACCAGCAGCGUUCCACGAGGUCGGCUGUUUAUGUGGCGCUGCUUUCAUCCAAUUUCACCAUACCCAUACAUCCUUCUUCCCUAUGCUAUACUGUUUAUUUCCCACCCUACAAUAUAUAGACGCCGGAUUUUGCAUAUCAACAUGAGAAUUCGAUCUGAAUACUAACAGAAACAUGAGCCUGAAAUGCAAUUUACUUCUAGGAAGAGAUAUUCGGCUAUGUGCACCUCAAGUAAACAUCAUUGGGACAAGUUUCCAUCGAUCACGGAGGCGUCCAAGGCUCAGAAGAUCCGCAUUUCAUCAGUUAAGUUUAUCUUCAUAUUCAUCACAGGACAAUUUAAUCCAUUCCUUUCUUUCUCAAUUGAAUUCACUGGAUUUGCUUGCUCCAGCCCUAGGUUUCACCACUGCUCUCGCUAUUCUCUACAACUCCACUCGCACCACCUCCAGUACACACCUCUCCCUUGAAUUUGGGGACUGGGCUCUCUUUACCUCUCCCACGCCGUUUAACCGUUUUCUCAAGUCGCGCUGUUCCUCUCUUCUGUUGGAUUAUUCAAUUGAGAAACUGGUCAAGGAGGAUGGCCAUCUUGUUACAUCCGAUAGAGGACGGAUUCAGCAAGUCGAAGGAAAUGAUGAUCAUUUAGUAUUAGAAAAGCAACAACUUUCCUAUCAGAGACUAUGCGUCAACACCGACGAUGGUGGGGUGGUUUCCUUGGAUUGGCCUGCCAAUUUGACGUUGACCCAUGAACAUGGUUUGGACACCACCAUCUUCAUUGUUCCUGGGACUUCGGAUGGGAGUAUGGAUGAGAAUGUAAGGUCCUUUGUAUAUGAAUGCUUGAAGCGAGGCUGUUUCCCCAUAGUCAUGAAUCCCAGGGGUUGUGCCCGUUCACCGCUGACAACACCACGGUUAUUUACAGCUGCUGACAGCGAUGAUAUCCGCACAACUGUACAGUUCAUCAACAAGGCCAGACCUUGGACAACGUUGAUGGGUGUUGGCUUGGGUUAUGGUGCAAAUAUGUUGACAAAGUAUCUUGCAGAAGUUGGAGAGAAAACACCUCUUACAGCUGCCACAUGCCUAGACAAUCCUUUUGAUCUAAAAGGGUCUGCUGCAUCCUCUAAUCGCCUUUAUGUUGAUCAGAAUCUCACAUGUGGCUUGAUUGAUAUACUGCAAUCCAACAAGGAACUAUUCCAGGGUCAAUCUAAAGGGUUCGAUGUGGAAAGGGCUUUACAGGCUAGAUCACUCAGGGAUUUCGAGGAGGCUAUAUCUAUGGUGGUGUAUGGAUUUGAUUCGAUUGAAGAAUUUUAUGUCAACUCCAGCUCAAGAGACGUGGUUGGUGAUGUAAAGAUUCCGCUUCUCUUUAUUCAGAACGAUGCAGUUCCAUCUUGUUCUAUUCCGCGCGGCUUGAUAAUGGAAAAUCCAUUUACCAGUCUGCUUAUGUGCUCUUUUCCAUCAAAUGACAAAAGCACUACUGGGACAUCUGCUGUAUCAUGGUGUCAGCAUCUUGUCAUUGAGUGGCUUACAGCUGUUGAGCUCGGGCUUCUGAAAGGCCGGCAUCCUCUUUUGGAGGACAGUGAUGUAACCAUCAAUCCUUCAAAGCGUCUAAAACUGAUGGCAAACAAUACAACUCAUGCAAGUAGCAAAAGCAAUAAUCUUCUGAACCUUCACCAGGUGGAUGCUUUGGAUGGGAAUGCCGCAUAUACUUCGAAAAAGAUGAUGAAAAGUGAUGCAUAUGCUUAUUCUAACUCUGGUUUUGACUCACAAAAAUCUAAAGCCGAAGAUAAAGAAGUAAAAACAGAUAGCAAUGGAAUGGUCACACAAACAAACCUUGUAGAGACAGAACUAGUGAAGGAAGGGGAUGUUGAUGUUGUAGAUGGUGAAAGAGGGAAAGUGCUUCAGGCUUCAGAAGUUGUGAUGAAUAUGCUUGACAAGAAGUUGCCUAAAGCUCUAUCAGAAGAACAGAAGAAUAAGGUCCUGACGGCGGUUGGUCAAGGAGAGACCCUAAUGAAUGCUUUGAAAGGUGCUGUGCCUGAAGAUGUUCGAGGAAAGCUCACCAGUGCUGUUACUGUGAUCCUGCAAAACCAAAAGAACAACUUAAAUGGACUCUCAAGUAUUAGUAGCAUUCCUGAUGUGACAUUAGGGUUGAACACAAAUAUGCAAGAAAAAUCCAGGCUGAAAGAGCCAAAUACUUCUGAGCAUAACAAGGGGGAUGCUAGUAUGGCAGAGGAAUCCAAUGGCCAUCCUAGCAAAAAUGUUGCUUCUGGCGGUGGGGAAGAACCUGGGGAUCAAACUUUGGCGAACCCUGGAAUUUCCAAAGAUGGUAGUCAGUUACCGUCAACAAGUCAUCACGGUGGUGAUAUUCCCAGUUCAGCGAAGACAAGCCAUGAUGAAUUGGGAAGCAACAAUCAAAGUGCCGACUCUUCCAAAGAAAAAGCCGCUCAAUCUUCUAGUUUUCAUGAUGCAAGUUCAAGUGCUAUCCCCAAUGUAUCUAGUAGAGCGGAAAAGUCUGGUAGCUCGGACGAUCAAGUCAGGGAACAGGUCAAAUUGGAACAAGAAGGUGAAACGACUUACUCAGACAUGAAAGAAGAGAAGGAUGCUCAACAGAAAGAAGAGAAAGAUGCUCAAGCAAAAGCAGAGAAAGAUGCUCAACCAAAAGAAGAGAAAGAGGCUCAACAGAAAGAAGAGAAAGAUGCACAAUUUUCUACUGAUCAGCCAAGUAAUGUAAUCCCAAGGACCGAGGAAAGUUUGUUGCCUUCAGCAUCUUCUCUGGAGAACCAGUUGAUGGCAAAAGAUGAAGGUGAAAAUCAGAAAAAGGAAGAAUCAAGUGCACAGCCUGCCCCAAGUCACAGCAGUUCUAAUUCUCCAUCAUUUAGUGUUUCUCAGGCGUUUGAUGCACUAACAGGGAUGGAUGAUUCAACCCAAGUAGCAGUCAACAGUGUUUUUAGUGUAAUUGAAGAUAUGAUUACUCAGUUGGAAGGGAACAGUGAUGAUGAAACUGCAAUUGGUGAUAUAGAAAAGGUUGAGGACAAAGUUGCAGACUCUGGGCCUAAGAAAAACCAGACUGAAAUCGAAUCUGAUUUGCAACAGAAUGGAAAAAGUAACAUGACAACUGAGCCUAAUGAAUUAGGUAAUCACCUGCAGAGCAUGUCAAUUAGCGAACUUACCCCAGAGGAAAAAGAUAAAGCUGAAGUCUUUAACAACAGUCGAGAUGACAUCCCACAUUCCAUAGCUAAACUUCCAUAUAGGAACUCUCUUUAUGACCACCACUUUCAAAGUAACGUUUGUUCAAGUAUGAAAAAUGAUAAGUUGCUUGAUUCGGAUGCCACAACUGCUUUAUUCCUUGAUUAUGUUCCAGAAGUAGGUCAAUGGAAGCUCUCAGAGCAAUCUCCUGAAGGUAUAGACAUAAAUGUUGAGAGCACUUUGCCAACUGAUGUUGAAUGCCAUGAUGACAUUAUUGAACCAUCUUAUGUAAUAUUAGAAGCUGAAAGUGAUUGGGACCCACUUGGGGAAUAUAAGAAAAGAAUAAAAACCAAAGAAAAACUUGAGAUUCUGGAUGAUGAAUCUGUGGUGCUUAUGCAACUCGUCAAAGAGAAUAUAUUAAAUUCCUUGAAGGUUGAGGUUUGCCGAAGAAUACAAGCAACAGAUAUGGAGGAUAUAGCACCCGUGCUGAAAAAAGAAUUAGAGCAUGUUGCCGAUACCAUCUCACUGGCUGUAGUACAAGACAAACAGCUUAUAAUGUCAUGGGAUGGUGAGCACUUGCUGGGACCUGGUAAUCUGCAUGCUGAACAUAUAUUAGAUGCCAUCUCUUCGGCCGUUCAGGGCACCAGAUAUAUGAAAAAAGUGAUUCCAGUUGGCAUUGUUGUAGGUUCUAGCUUAGCUUCUUUGAGAAAAAAUUUCAACAUUGCUACAGCAGAUUCUAUAGGGAGCAUUGAAGUUGUAAGAGAUCAAAUCGGUAACUCUCAGAAAGGAUAUCAUAUACAAGCAGAUAGUACUGUUUCUGAUCAAAUGCCUAUUGAUAAAGUCAAUCAGAACGACAACUUCCACAGUUUGGAGGACAGCUAUGAGGAGAAAGAUGUGUCAAGUAGUCUAGGAAGUGACACUGUCAUGGUUGGAGCAGUUACUGCUGCCUUAGGGGCAUCUGCUUUAUUGGUUCAUCAACAAGAUUCAUAUAGUGAUAGACUCGAAAGUUCCACAACUUCCUCUAUGCCAUUCAAUCAAAAAGAGAAUCAUCAGGAGCCUGGGAAACCUGAGCAGGAAAUGUCCAAAAGUAGUGACCAUAAUAUAGUCACAGGUCUUGCGGAGAAAGCAAUGUCAGUUGCUGGUCCUGUAGUGCCUAUGAAGGAAGGUGAAGUGGAUCAAGAAAGGCUGGUUGCACUGUUGGCAGAUUUGGGGCAAAGAGGUGGCAUCUUGAGGUUGGUUGGUAAACUUGCUUUGCUUUGGGGUGGAAUACGUGGUGCUAUGAGUUUGACAGGGAAGCUCAUCUCCUUUCUGCACCUUGCUGACCGGCCCCUGUUUCAGAGGAUUUUGGGGUUUCUCUUUAUGGUGCUUGUAUUGUGGACACCAGUUGUUGUUCCUUUGCUUCCAACACUUGUACAGAACUGGGCAACACACAAUUCUUCAAAUAUUGCAGAGCUUGCUUGCAUAAUUGGUCUUUAUAGUUCUAUAAUGAUACUGAUUGUGUUAUGGGGCAAAAGGAUUAGGGGUUAUGAAGAUCCACUUGAGAGAUAUGGGCUAGAGUUGACAUCAGCAAGGCAGAUCCAAAACUUUCUAUGUGGCUUGAUUGGAGGGGUGAUGCUUGUUUUGUUGAUACAAUAUACAAAUGUGUUACUUGGUUUUGUGCGUCUAUCUUGGCCUACUGUUCCAUCUUCUACAGAUGCUGUUACACUACUCAAGUUGUAUGGGAAAGUGCUUACAUUUGUUGGUCAAGGGCUUGUAACAUCAAUUGGCGUUGCUCUUGUAGAAGAAUUAUUCUUCAGGUCAUGGUUGCCUGAAGAAAUUGCAGCUGAUCUUGGAUACAGUCGAGGAAUAAUCCUAUCAGGACUUGCAUUUUCCUUAUGUCAAUGGUCACUGAAGGCUGUACCAGGACUUUGGCUAUUAUCACUGGGCCUGGCAGGUGUUCGGCAGAGAUUCCAAGGAAGCCUCUCAGUUCCAAUUGGGUUGCGUGCAGGGAUUAUGGCUUCUAGUUUUGUCUUAAAAGCAGGUGGCCUUUUGACUUAUCAACCUACUUAUCCUUUAUGGGCAAGUGCCGGUGACCCUUUCCAACCAUUUAACAGCAUAGUAGGUCUUGCUGUGGCUUUAUUGUCGGCGAUAAUUCUCUAUCCAAAAAAGCCUCAACAUACAGAUACAGGGAACAUCAAGGAAUAAGAGAUACCAGAAACUUAUGUGCUGCCUCUGGCCAUGUUGUUUGAAGAGCCAACUUGUUUCGGCAUAUUUGCUUUCAGAAUCAUCAGUGAACCAAUGGGAAUGAUUUUGCUCUGAGUUUUGGUUGAUGCGAAAGUUUAUUGUAGUGUACUAUUUGUAAAAAAAAAAAGCAGCACAUGUGUAUAUUCAUUUUCACCUUUUACCUGCAUGUUAGUGCAGUAUACGUAGAUGUAAAGCAAUAUUUGGCUAUGUUUAUAGUUGAUUUUCUCAGCUCGGACCUGCGAUUUAGCACAGUACAUGAAUAUAGAUGUAAAGCAAUAUUUGGC